AUGAAUCCCAAUCAGCAAGAAAAUGAGUCGGGUAUUCAGAAGAACUUCCUAUCUAAGAUAAAACAGAAUUAUUCUAAUAAAUUUUCUAAUAUUUCAUUAUCGUCAUCGAUUCAAAAUAUGUCAAUACACUCUGACCAUGAUGGAAAUUCGGAAGAUGAUACUUUGAUCCAUAAUGCAUUUGUUAAAUAUUUCGAUAGUAAAGGUGAGCCAUAUCCGGAGUGGUUAGGCGUUAAAACUAAGGAGCAAAACAGCAGGCCUAGCAAUAGCAAUAGCAAUAGCCAUUAUCGUUCAGAAUACCAGCCGGUAUAUUCUAGUUACAAUAGUGGUGGACAAGGGGCGAGUCAAAAUCAACAAAACCAAAACUCUGGGACUCGAAGCCAGGCACCAUCAUAUUUCCAACCUCAACAUACUCCACACAAUGCUUCACAAAAUACUUCACAACAUGCUCCACAACAUGUGCCAGAAGCAGAACCUCAAAGACCAACAUAUACACCUAGAUCGUCGAGCCGUUUACAAGAUAUGUAUAACAAAUCAAGACAGCAGUCUAUACCUGGCUCGGGAUACAAUACGCAAUCUUAUCCAUCCGGCCCAUUAAGAACGAAUAGCUCGACUACAGGAUCAAGACUUAGAGAAAGAAUGCUCAAUACUUCUCCAAGUAUGAAUGGAUUGAACCAAGCGACUAAAAACAAUAAUCCAAAUACAGACUCUUCAGGAAAUUCGAAGGCUACGUGGGGAAGAAGGUGA